CUUAACAUACCACAUUUCUCAAGCACCAGUAUUCAUAAUCUCAGUUCUCCCAACCCACACAUCCAAAUAAUUUCAGCUCAAGGCCUCUCGCACUCUCUAAACAUAAUGGCCAAUUCGAAGCUUGGGUUCAACUUCAUGGUCAGUGCUAUUUUUCUUUCCUUAAUGACUUUUCAUGGAACCUUUUCAGUUCAGGGAAGGCCACUGAAAAUGGAGAUCAAGGAGCAAGUCACAACCCACGAAAACAUUAUCGAUGAAAUAGCUAAAGCGGCAGAAUAUACUGCCACGUGGCACCGUCACACCUUAGAAUUCGAAGACACCAAGAAUCCACAAUAUGACGGCGUUACAAACGAUUUCCAACCAACGGAUCCAGGGCACAGUCCCGGUGCCGGCCAUUCCUCCCCACACGCCAACAUAGUUUCAAUUUCAAAGCCAUAAACGUAUAUUGUUCUCAUGUGUGCAUAGUCAAUAAUUAGUAAUAUAUAUGCAUUUUUUACUUAAAAAAUGUUACUCAUAUAACUAAAAUCCUAAUACCUCUCUCUCUUUUAAGGGGGAAAAGAGUAGUGGGUAAAGGAUCUUUGAGAAUUAAUUUCCAGCUGUGAUAAGCGUAUAAUAGAAAGGUGGAAUACUUAAAUUUAGGUGUAUAUAGAAUAAUAAGGUUGUUAAUUUAUGUUCUAGUUAAGGGAUUAAUUGUGUGUAAACUGUAAAGCUAUCGCAUACAUAUAGAAACGUACUCAUAGUUACCUUCUUAGCCUAUAGCCUUAAAUAUGUGUAUCUGUAAUUGUAAAAUCGUAAUAUAGCUAGCUGCAUCUCAACACCUCCCCCCUUCUUUCAAUCUUUGUUGCCGUGUAACUAUAUAUUUUACUAUAAAUAACAAUGAUGAUGGUGAUUUGGUGUA